AUGGUCCGACUCAAGAACCGCUAUCUCCUAGUGGACAUCCUCUACCCCGAUUCGUCAACAUGGCCAUCAACCAAAACCGCAGGGCCCCAAUCCACACAACUAUCCAUCCACUCCCCGACCUCCGACGCGCUCACACCUGGCCUUCUCGCCAAAAUGGUCCGUGAAGAAGUCGGCGAGAUGUACGGUGACUGGGGAGUCGGUAAACUGGGCGGCGCCUCAGCCACGGGCAUCCAUAUCAAAUAUCUCUCCCCGGCAACAUCAACCGCAAUUAUUCGCUGUCCCCGCGCUGCCUUUCGCCUCGUCUGGUCCGCACUCACGUACAUGACACACGUCCCGGCCGUCGACGGCGCAGGUGCUGGAAUCCGACGACCGAAUGGGGGUCGCGAGCGGCCGUGCGUGUUCCGUGUGCUGCGCGUAUCUGGAACGAUGCGCAGGGCGGAGGAGGAAGCUAUUCGGCGGGCUAGGAGGGAGAUUGUGCGUGUGCGAGGUGUGGAGGAGGAGGGUGUGUUGGGGGAUUUGUUAGGCGGUGUUGUGCAGAAGGAAGCGAAUGCUGUUUCUGCAAAGGGUGUUGUGGAUGAGAGUGAGGAUGAAGGGAUGCUUGUUGAUGAGGAUUGA